AUGGUUAAGGAGGUGCAUUAUAGAGGAGUGAGGAAGAGACCGUGGGGGAGAUACGCGGCGGAGAUCCGUGACCCGAGAAAGAAAAACCGGGUCUGGCUCGGGACCUUUGACACGGCGGAGGAAGCCGCUAGAGCUUACGACUCCGCCGCAAGAGAGUUUCGCGGCUCCAAAGCAACUACAAAUUUCCCACUCUCCGAGAGUACUUUCAACGACGGAGUUGUCAGGAAUGCUUCAGCGACGGCGCGUGAGAGCGUGUCAUCUCCGGCGGUUGGUGGAUUUUUCUUAGAUCUGCCGCAUGCUAGCCCGCUGAGAGAGGAGCUAGGUCGAGUUUGUCCGGUCCGGUUUGAGCCAAUAGCAAUAGGGUUGAGUUUAGGUCUUGGAACCGCCGUGAAAGUUGAGCCGGAGAUUUCCUCCGUCGUGGAUUACAAGCUGCGAAAGGAGCUGAAUCUAGACCUUAACUUAGGUCCACCGGUAGACGUUUAG